AAUGGGUCGCCAUGACGACCUGUGGUCACUGUUUUACAUGUUGGUUGAGUUCGCCGUUGGACAGUUGCCAUGGCGAAAGAUCAAAGACAAGGUCAAACUACUUCCAUCAGUUACUGUGACCACGACAUUUUCAGCGGGGCGGAGCUCCUCGGGCUCCUCGUCCGUGGUCCCCGACGUGGUUGGCUGGAAGUCUCGGAGCUCCGCCUCCUUGUCGAUGAUCACCCACUCCUUGCUGUCGAAGUCCUCCUCCUCGGCCAGCGGCACCGAGCGGAUGAAGGCGUUGCUGUGCGCCUCCUGGUCCACCGACGCCACCGACAUCUCCUGGCGCCCGCUGGCCUGCCGGUCUCCACGGCAACCAGGGUCCACAGACAGCAUCUGGGCGUCGGCGCGGCCCUCGGCUGCAGACAGGCGCUCAGAUUCAGGGCUGUUGAUCCGGCGGUACCGCCUCUCCGGUGUCCCCGGCCAGGGGGACGCCCGUCUCUCCGGGGGGGCGGCUAGGCGGUACCGGCGGGGCGUUCUCCUGAUCGCUGAGAUGUUCGUCCUGCAAGACGUCGUCCGUGUUCUCCCGCUGCAGAUCUCCAGGAACCGGCGUCACGAUGGCUCUCUGGACGAGGAGCGGCACCCGGCGCGGCCCAAUCAGCUGCGGCGGCUGGCCUCCUACGUCUUCUCCUCCUCCACCCUGGAGACGGAGCAGUACCCGCACGGAGGCGGCAGCUUCAUCCAGAGGAGCCGCUCGGCGGAGAGCAGCCCCGCCCACCUCACGGCCGCCGGCGCCGCCUCGGUGCGCCGCCGCCACGCCGGCACGCUGCCGCCGCCCGGCAGCCCGCGCAGCAGACACUCGGUGCUCAACGUGUCGCGGACACAGCUGCAGCAAAUUACCCAGCGUACCUCGGGGGUUCGCGUACCCCCAUCUGGGAAGCCUGAGUCAGACCAGGGACCGGGAAAAUGCAUCUCUGUGACGCCGCCGUGGCCCUGGCAACCUGCCGUGGACCUGGCAACCUGCCGUGGACCUGGCAACCCGCCGUGGCCCUGGCAACCUGCCGUGGACCUGACAACCCGCCGUGGCCCUGGCAACCCGCCGUGGACCUGGCAACCCGCCGUGGACCUGACAACAUGCCGUGGACCUGGCGACCCGGAGGAGCUGAUGAUCUCUGCGUUCUUCAUCGGUUCUUCGGCUGAACUGAAGGAGCCGUCGCCGAGGAAUGCAGGUCGUCCCGGCGACCACGCUUUUUUGCACCAAGACUUUGGCCCCGAUCAUCCGAGCAAUACACCGACACCGCUUCACCGACACAUGCCCAGGGUCCCUGAACGCCUCGCUGUGAUUGCAGCUCCAUUAAAUGUUGUGUGUGACGAGAGGAGUGUGAUGUCGCCCACGGAGCAGAGCAACCCGUCGCCCCCCUCCCCCGACUAUCGUACCAAGGGCCAAAGCGACGACAAGGAGCACUUCCACAUCCUUCCCCAGCUCCAGGCCAAGAGGGCAGACUUCCUCACUGUCAUGCUCACAGGAACCUUGCCUCAGCGCCGGAGCUUUGUCACGCCUGACGAAGAAGUCCAAGAACCUCCGGGGCCAAAAGAUGACGACGUCACGAAGAGCGAGUCAAACAGCGAGGCCAGUCAGAAGAGCACCGAACGUAGCCAAGACGCUGCGCCUUCGACGCUCAUGGCCGAGGACCAGAGGGGCCAAAAGGAGCACGCCUCAGUUGCGGAUGCAGACCCUGACCUGGAGGAUGCUUCCAAAACCCUCGUCCUCUUCUCACCUGGAGACACUCGUAAGUCUCCAUCCGGUUGUGAUCACGGUAUAGAGGGCGAGCUUGCCACACCGUGUACUCUCAACUCCCGUACCGACCGCCUCCUGGUCGGCGAGGUGGGUCAACCUGAACCCUGUGAGACUGGCCGUUUGUCCCCCGCCCUCAGGUCAGACCUGAAGCCAUCCACUCCCAUCGCUCCGGCGUCUCCACCCUUCACCAAAGUUGAGCGCACUUUCAUCCAUAUCGCAGAGACCUCACACCUCAAUGUAAUGUCUUCCAAUGGUCACUCUGCCAGGGACAGUGACCGGGAAGUCUUGUCCAUCAUGAAGACCGUGGCGGCGGCGGCUGCAGAGGAUGACGCAUUACUGACGGAAGAGAUUCCAGGGGAGUCUUUGCCAGAACAACCCCAAACUGAGGAUGGUCCAUCAUCUCUCCUGGCCCUGUCUUUGGAGCCAGUCCCAGAAGCUAUGUCACCGGUUCUUGCACAUACAGAUCUGUCACAGGAUCCUAAGAAACAGCCAUUAUCCAGCAAAGAAGCUGCCAAGCUUCAGACAACCGGAUCAGAACUACCAGCUGCUACGAAACCACGAAUCCGCAGCCGAAUCCCAGUUCUCAUCUCUGAAGAGGACUCGGGCUCAGAGCAGUCGUCCUCCCUCUUGGCUCGGGCUCGGCUUCAGCAGCGAGCCAGGCAGCUGGACUUGGCCCGCAUGCUGGUCCAGAAGCAACAGGGUCGCUGGAUGAGGAGGAGGAUGCUGUCUGGGACGUCAUCGUCUGUGUCCUCUGGGGACGAUGAGCGCCGACGGGCUUCCGAAACUCUGUCCACCACCGGCUCAGAGGAGGACACGCAUACCUCGGACGAGUCCAGGAGGAGUGCCCGUCUUAAGCCGACUGAAGAGCAAGGCUCCAAGGAUUGCCGGAGCCGGAUCCCGAGGCCCGUUACGCCCGUAAUGAGGCCGCCAGGGGGGCUUGGUGCUGUUGCUCCUUCUCCCCUCUCUUUGCCAGACUCCAGCACUACCAAAGGACCAUCAUUCUUUACCAACGGGAACCAGAAAAUUGGACUAAGCACUGUCAGCACUCAACGGAAAUCCAAACCCGUUUUACCGAGGUCGUCCUCGUCAUGUACCCGUCCAUCCGCUGGCCCGUCCGGGAGCCCUCGCAUGCCGCUGCGAGUCCUGUUUGGAACCCGACGCAGCCUUAGCUCCAACCACUGCAGGACUGACAGCCCCUCCCCUCAGAGAGUAUGUCCGUCCAGGCAACCCCUCUCGGUUCGAGCCCCAACUGUCCCCAUGCUACCGCCCAGGACUACCACAACCAUGCGGCGCAGCGUCUCGCAGGAAGCCCAGACCUCCUCUGGCACCACGCCCGCCAGGACCCGGCCCAAAGCAGCCGGCGUGGCUAAGGGGAAGCCUGCCAGGGAGAAGGUGGUGCCCGCUAGAUAAUACAAAGAAACUCACAGCUGAGACAUGUUUGUGUAUAAUCAGUCUUCGGACAAGCUACGCCUCAAAGGUUCUCACCUCGUUCCACAUUAGACUGAUGUUAUAAUCGCCUGCUUCAAUUCCUUUAAAGGGGAACUUCCUUCUUUUUUUUAACCUGGACUCUAUUUUCCCAUUUUUUGUGUCAAAGUGACUGAUGGGAACAACAACGUUUGAAAUUGGUCCACUAUUGGUGCAACGUAAGUCAAUGGGCAAUGGAACGCCUUCAAAUUACAUCCACAAUAUUGUUUGUUGUGCCACUGACAAGCUCAGAUUAUUAUGAUUAUUAUGUCUGACAACAUUAUGGAAAGGAUUCGUACAGAGAUAGACCUUUUUGUUAAAGAGAGCGGGAGUCAAGUGCAGAUUUGAGUCACGCAUGCAUCACUUUGCGACAAGUAGCAUAUAAGAUGCUAACGAGAGACUUCUGUAAUGUCA